AUCAGCCUUCGCGCGUCCCGACCCACUGCUUGCGGUAUCCCGUCGGCCCCUGCGCAUUCCAAACCGCUGUACGUUGUAUCCCGCCAUCUCCUAUCCAUUCCGGGUUCCCUUUUUACGGUCGUGAGGCGCGGACAUGGCCCAAGGAAAGCAGAAGUUUCAGUCCCGGAAGCCCGCCAAGAAGGCCGCGGCGGCGACCUCUUCUUCGGCCUGCCGGGGCCCGAAGAAAGGCGGGAGAAUCAUUGCCCCCAAAAAGGCCCGGGUCAUCCAGCAGCGGAAACUAAAAAAGGACCUUGAGGUUGGCAUCCGAAAAAAGAUUGAACAUGAGGUUAUGAUGAAAGCCAGCACAAGCUUGCCCAAGAAACUGGCCCUACUGAAGACCCCAGAGAAGGGAGCCAAGAAAAAGCAAACUGGUAGCAAGAAUCAGCCCUGAUAAGGGACAGGAGAAGAAAUGAGAGACUCUUUGUCUCAGACCCUGCUUGACUGUCUGGCCCUGUGGCCCUGAUAUCUGAUGCCCCAGUAUGUUUGUGGAUAUACGUGUGGUGAGAGCUUUAUUAGAGGAAAAGAAAUAGGUUUCUCUUCAGGCAGGGAUUGCCCUGUCAUCUGUUCUUUUUCGCCACAACCUCUCAGGCCUCAGUUUGACCAAAACAGCCUCUACUGAAGCCUGCAGCUUCUCAAAUCCCCUGAAGAGUACAAUGGGAAACAGUAGAGGCCUUCUCAGGGAGGAUUGAACAUCUCCCAGCCUGUCAGGAGCCUGGUAGUGUCUGCAGCAGCUCUCCGAAUCAGUUCAGCCUACUUUAUUUUUUCAUCUCUCCUUCCUUAUGCCCUCUCUGAGUCCCACAUCCCCACUACCUACCUUGAAGCAAUAAAAAGGAAACAGUUGCUCUA